UUUCUUUCUUUCUUUCUUUCUCAGUGGGUUUCCUGGGCAAAGAGGAGAGGAGGAGUCAUUGGGUGUCUUUGGGUAGCCACUUGCAGUGCUGGCUUAAAGCAAUGCAUGCUAGACUUCGUAUUGUAUAAAGUCCACCAACCAUUGCUUUAAGCCAACACUGCAAGCAAGGCUACCUGAAGACAAAACGCACCCAUUGUCUCUGUUCGGUGAUGUGGUAUUUUUAGAGGCUACUACAUCACUGCAGAUUAUUUGGAGUGCAUGGUCUAGGGCUGGUCAUCCCUUCUUUCAAUCUGGAGGAAACCAUCAUUAAAAUGUACUUUGGAGAGCUCCGUCGACCUACGGACAAAUAAUGUAUAGGCACAGUUUGGACGCUGGGAGUCAUUCACAAACUAUAAUGCUCCAUUUCUCGAUACUUAUAUUUGCACGGAUGACCCCUGUGAUGGGUACCAAGAUCUGUCCAGCGCAAUGCUUGUGCUACGACUCGGCAGAGUUGGUGGACUGCCGUGACCGCGGCUUUACGCACGUGCCACACGGCAUUCCUCAUGGCUCUUGGCUGCUGGACCUGAGCAAGAACGACAUUCAGGAGCUUCGGAGCCGCUCCUUCACGGGGGUGUGGGCGCUGAAAGUGCUACUGAUGUCUAACUGCGGGAUCAAAGUGGUACAGUCGAACGCUCUCAAUUCACUCUCAUUCAUUGAGAAGCUGGAUCUGAGUCACAACCAGCUGCAGGUCCUACCCUCGGACUUCUCCGAGGGCUUAGACUCUCUAAAAGACCUCCGGCUGGCCCACAAUUCCCUGGGGCGCCUGGACUCAUCUGCCUUGCAGCGUCUGGAGAACCUGCAGAGGCUUGACCUCAGCCACAACUACAUCCAGGUUCUGGAGCCAGGCAUGCUGCGUGCCCUGACGAGCCUGCGUCACCUCAACCUGCGCUGGAACCUGCUGCGUGAGGUGCCCAUGGGCAUGUUGACCAUGCAGCAGGGCCUGUCCGUGCUUCUCCUGGACCAGAACAACGUGACGCACCUGGACGCUGAGGCCUUCACGCCGCUGCGCGGGCUCACCUUGCUCAGUCUCCAGGGCAACCAGUUGUGGAGCCUUGACUUCCGGACCUUCCUGAACCUGCAGACACCCGGCACGCACCUGCAGCUGUCCGGCAACCCGUGGGUGUGCGACUGCGAGCUGCACCGCGUCUUCGCCAAGCUGCUGCACGUGCGCCACUUGCACGUGGACGACUACGGCAACGUCACGUGCCGGGCGCCGCCGCUGCUCGCCGGCGCCUCGCUCGCCUACAUGGACAACCAGCUGUGCGUGGCCGAGACGGCCACCGUGCUGGUCAUCAGCGUCACGGUGAUCGUCACCGUGGUGGCCGCCAUGGUGAUGGCCGAGCGCAACAGGAAGAGGAAGAAGCUGAACCAGCUGAACCAGGAGAACAAGUGGGGCGAACAGGAGAGUAUGGACGGUCAGGACAGGUGAUGGGUUCGUCAGUUAACAUUGGAGACGAAGAAGCUGAUUCUGGACUACACCCGGUUCUGACAUUCUAGACUGGUUCUGACAUUCUAGACCGGUUCUGACAUUCUAGACUGGUUCUGACAUUCUAGGCUGGUUCUUAUUCGGAUGUGGACCUUAUUCGGCAGCAGUGGUUCAGUGGUUCCAAUCUACAGAAGGUUCUGGGUUUGAAUCCUGGUAGUUUUUCUUGAGCUAAUGAGUAUGAGUACAUUUGUUUUCUUCAACCAAUAAAAUGGUUAGAACUUUGAAUGAUUGCCUAUCCUUUUGUUGUUUAAAUAUGUG